CAUACUAAUAAUGAUUUAUGAUGAAUUUACAGUAUUAUUUUUUUUUUUACCUUGGUAGUGCAUAAAAACUAAAGUUAAUAAAGAACAGUUUUAACUUGGUGAUUAUGUGGGACAUUCGCACAAUUUUGCUUCGUAAACUGUAGAUAAAAAGGGCUCACUUAAAUCUCAAUGCAGUUUCAUCAUUAUUUUAUGUAUUACUAUUUACGAGGGAAAAUUGAGUAAGUGGCUUCAGUUUACAAGAAUUAUGAAUCAGGAAAUGGUUUUGAUGGCGCGGAUACCCACUAGUAUUAAAUGAUAUCAACAUCAUUCUUUCGAUGUAUGCCUUAUUUUGGAUACCAAUAUCCAAAGUGAUCUCUUGAGAACUUGAGUUUUACCUAAAAAGCACAGAGAGAGAAACAGUUUUCAACCGUUUCAACAGAGUGAUAACAAAAGCAACAAACUGGAGGGGUUAUUGUGAAACAAAAAGACACGUGAUUUGAAGCUAGUAGCAUAUAUAAGAAUUUCACGAAUUGGACCAGACAAGCAACUUUACUAGUUGACAGAGGAAGGGGGAGUCUCUUUAUCUUUACUUGGUUUGGAGGAAAAAAGACAAGAUUUUGUGAGUGGAAAGGUGGGCUGUAAAGACAACGGUAGGUAUGAGUGAAAGGAAAGGGUAACUAAUUUGAAUUCCAUUAAGAUUAUAAUUUUGGAGGAUGGCGAAUGUUGGAAGGUAAAGUUUGAAGUUUGAAGAGGAAGCAUGCAAGAACAGGAAUUGGACUACGUAGUGGUGCCACUGGGUUUGUUGGUGUUGGGAAUAUAUCACGUUUGGCUUCUCUACACUAUAAUACGCUACCCAUCUUGCACUGUCAUUGGCUUGAAUGCUCAUUCUCGUUACCAAUGGGUUCUUUCCAUCAUGGCUGAUCCCUUGAAAAAUGGGGUUUUGGGCGUUCAAACAAUCCACAACAAUAUCAUGGCAUCCACUCUUGCUACAACAGCAAUCACUCUUAGUUCACUUAUUGGCAUUUUUGACAGCAAUGACUCAGAUACCAAAUUAGUUUAUGGCAACAAAACUUCUCUUAAUUCUUCAAUCAAACGUUUCUCCAUGUCAUUAUGCUUCCUUGUUGCAUUUGUAUGUAACGUGCAGUCUAUUAGAUACCAUGCACAUGUGAGCUUCUUGAUCACCACACCUGCAUUGAAAGGCAAAAUGGAUUUCAUAGAAUAUGUUGCAAAAACCUUAAACCGGGGGAGUUAUUCUUGGUCUCUUGGAUUGCAGGCCUUCUACUUGUCUUUUCCUCUUGUCCUUUGGAUUUAUGGGCCCAUACCCAUGUUUGCUUGUUGCUGCUUGACAUCAUUUAUUUUGUACUUUUUGGACAUAACCACUCAAAUCACACAGGAUCUUCACACUAAGUCAUUCAAUCAUUCAAUAAGAGGGAAACUGAGGACAUGGGAGCAGCAUAGUUCCAUCAUUCUAACUGUUCUUCAACUUGCAUAACUAUUAUCUUUUAACUUGUAAUAAAGUUCAAUUGUAGAUUUCCUAUAAUCAUCUCAUCUCUGUAAUGAUAUUAUUAUUCGUGAAUUAUUGUAUAAUAUUUAUUGGAAAGUAUGUGUAGUAUCUUGAAGUA